UCGCGCGAUCAGGGGGCUGCUCCUAGGGCAGGCUGACGUUGGUGCUGGGACAGCCGUCGUCGCUGCUGCCUCCGCCGCCACCUCGUCCUCCGCCGCCUCUGGCCGUUACCAUGAACCCGGACCUGCGCAGGGAGCGGGACGCCGCCAGCUUCACGCCGGAGCUGCUCACACACGUCCUGGACGGCGGCCCCGAGCGCACCCGGCGCCGCCGAGAGAUCGAGAACUUGAUUCUGAACGACCCAGACUUCCAGCACGAGGACUUGAACUUCCUCACUCGCAGUCAGCGUUAUGAGGUGGCCAUCAGGAAGAGUGCCAUCAUGGUGAAGAAGAUGAGGGAGUUUGGCAUCGCAGACCCGGAGGAAAUCAUGUGGUUUAAAAACUUUGUGCACCGAGGGCGGCCUGAGCCUCUGGACCUUCACUUGGGCAUGUUCCUGCCCACCUUGCUUCACCAGGCAACCACAGAGCAACAGGAGCGCUUCUUCGUGCCCGCCUGGAACUUGGAGAUCAUUGGCACUUAUGCCCAGACAGAGAUGGGUCAUGGAACUCAUCUUCGAGGUUUGGAAACCACAGCCACAUAUGACCCCAAAACUGAAGAGUUCAUUCUCAACAGUCCUACUGUUACCUCUAUUAAGUGGUGGCCUGGGGGGCUUGGAAAGACUUCAAAUCAUGCCAUAGUUCUUGCCCAACUCAUCACUAAGGGGAAAUGCUAUGGACUACAUGCCUUUAUUGUACCUAUUCGUGAAAUUGGGACCCAUAAGCCUUUUCCGGGUAUUACUGUUGGAGACAUUGGCCCCAAAUUUGGUUAUGAUGAGAUAGAUAAUGGCUACCUGAAGAUGGACAACUAUCGUAUUCCCAGAGAAAAUAUGCUGAUGAAGCAUGCCCAGGUGAAGCCUGAUGGCACGUAUGUGAAACCCCUGAGUAACAAGCUGACCUAUGGAACCAUGGUGUUUGUCAGGUCUUUCCUUGUGGGAGAAGCUGCUCGAUCUCUGUCUAAGGCAUGCACCAUUGCCAUUCGAUACAGCGCCGUGAGGCACCAGUCUGAAAUAAAGCCAGGUGAACCAGAACCGCAGAUUUUGAAUUUUCAAACCCAGCAGUAUAAACUCUUUCCACUUUUGGCCACUGCCUAUGCCUUCCAGUUUGUGGGUGCAUACAUGAGGGAGACCUAUCAUCGGAUUAAUGAAGGCAUUGGCCAAGGGGACCUGAGUGAACUGCCUGAGCUUCAUGCCCUCACUGCUGGGCUUAAGGCUUUCACUUCUUGGACAGCCAACACUGCUAUUGAAGCGUGUCGGAUGGCUUGUGGUGGUCAUGGCUAUUCUCACUACAGUGGUCUUCCAAAUAUUUAUGUCAACUUCACCCCUGCCUGCACCUUUGAGGGAGAAAACACUGUCAUGAUGCUACAGACAGCUAGGUUCUUGAUGAAAAGUUAUGACCAGGUGCACUCAGGAAAUUUGGUAUUUGGCAUGGUUUCCUACUUGAACGACCUGCCUAGUCAGCGCAUCCAGCCACAGCAGGUAGCAGUCUGGCCGGCUGCGGUGGAUAUCAACAGCCCCGACAGCCUAACCGAAGCAUAUAAACUUCGUGCAGCCAGAUUAGUAGAAAUUGCUGCAAAAAACCUUCAAACUGAAGUGAUUCACAGAAAAAGCAAGGAGGUAGCUUGGAACCUAACUUCUGUUGACCUUGUUCGAGCAAGUGAGGCACAUUGCCACUAUGUGGUAGUUAAGCUCUUUUCAGAAAAACUCCUCAAAAUUCAAGAUAAAUCUGUCCAAGCUGUCUUAAAGAAUUUAUGUCUCUUGUAUUCUCUGUAUGGAAUCAGUCAGAAUGCAGGGGAUUUUCUUCAGGGAAGCAUCAUGACAGAGUCUCAAAUUUCCCAAGUAAACCAGCGUAUAAAGGAGUUACUCACUCUCAUUCGCCCUGAUGCUGUUGCUUUGGUUGAUGCAUUUGACUUUCAGGAUCUGACGCUUGGCUCUGUGCUUGGCCGCUAUGAUGGGAAUGUGUAUGAAAACUUGUUUGAGUGGGCCAAGAAAUCCCCGCUGAACAAAGCAGAGGUCCAUGAAUCUUACUAUAAGCACCUGAAACCACUGCAGUCCAAGCUCUGAGGUGUCACAAAGACAAGUUUAAUUGGCUCUAGAAAGCAGCCUGUAUGCAACUCUCUUCAUACAUGACACCCAAAUCUGCGUGGAAUCUUUAUCAAAUUCAAAUAGUUAUAGAGCAAAUGAUAAAUUGACCUCUUUCCUGUUUUUAUAAAUGAAGGGAAAAAUGAACAGAUUUCAGAGAUUAAAUGAAAAAAACAGAUGUGUUUUAAGUGCAGUUAACACUGAAAGGGACCUGUUAGCAUUCAGAAAAAGCUUAAGAAAUGCAGUUUGACUUCCAUUUGUAAUGCUGCUGACUAGGCCAUGACUUUGAUAAUUAGCAGAAUUUAACUACUGAGUAGUUAAUUAUCUUCACAUGUUAAUUGCUAAUCACUGGCUGUAUACGUGUUUUUAAGCAAAGCUAUUUUUGAAGUGGGGUAGAACACUUCCAAGUUUUCCUGAUAAAUGUCUUACAACUUCUACCAUAAGGCCUGGCUAGAAGGCAGGACUGAAGAAAAGGGAUUGGAGGAAAAAAACUAAUCAGAAAACUGAAUGUGCGCCAGUUUAUGCUUAACACGUUUUCCUCCUGCUUGCCCUCCUUUGCUGAUGCAUUGCUCCAGUCUAACUUAAUAAUAGUAUUUUUCCAAUAGGAAGACUUUUUUCAGCAUAGGCCUCCUGCAGGAUCACUGUCUCAUGUAAUUAGGAAUUAAUCUUCCAUUCAAAAGGAUCCCUAAACUGUCACUUUAGUAACACUACAACUCCCUUUGUCCCCAACUUCUUGGGAAGGUGUAGGUAGCAAAGUUAUCUCUACAUUUGAUUUUUGGCCGCUGCUGGGACCAUAGUCAAUGGUGUUUGAUCUCCCUCCCUCCCUAUUUCCCUCUCCCGAAAGAGAUACUGAAGAAAGGAGAAAAAAAUAUCAUGGUUCCUUCUUAGUAGAAUAAACGGGAGGAGAGCUCUCAGCCAUGGCGCUGCUGUAACUUUGGUGACUAUAUUAACUGGGUUUUCUGAGAUAAUCCAGAUUUCACAUUUCUGUCAUCUUGGCUUAUAAGCCGUUAAAUGCUUGGAGGUUACAAAUUAUUUGGCAUUAAAAAAAUAAAAAUGCCACUCAGGUAACCUCUUACACUAAGAAAUAGUGCAGAAAAACCCUUUGAUACAAACCAUGUGUUCUGAUUCUUUGUUCAGAAAAUAUAAUAAUUGAAACCAUGGCUAGAGGAUAAAUGAAAGUUCCAUAGAUUCUAUUUCUUAUUAUCGUAUGUAUAUGUGGCUUUGUUUUUGGUAUGUUUCUAGGAGCUUUAUUUGAAUUGCUAAAUUUGUCUUUCAGUUGAAAUCUAAUUUACACAAUCAUCCUUUAUUUAAACAUGUACCUCUUAAUGACUUCUUCCUUAAAAUCAAUGUAAAACAACAUGUCACUCUUUUUUUAACCUGGUAACUGUUUAUCUGUGACAUCUGCCUCAUGAAAGCAAUUGUUCUGGAAUCAGUCCUGAGAAUAUAGGAUAAUUCAGUGGAAAUGUAAUUCCUGUCUUGGGACCUGACAUAAAAUCUUUCCCAGGGGAACUGGUAAUAUGGGACUUUUAGGUUACAACAGAAAUAUUGUAUGUUGACACAAGCCUUAAUCUUUCCACUGGGAGAACUAAUAUUAGUUUAUAGUAUUAUAAAUAUUAUAUUAAGGUUGAAGAUUAAUGCUGUGUUAAUCUCAUUUGGGUAUAUCUUGACAGCACAGAUUCUGUAAAAUAAACUUAAAUGGCUUAAUAUUGACCUAUUAAAUCUAGAAUUAUUUCAAAUUAGUGUUUAAGUACCUUACUCACAGAUGAGUGUCUGUGGGCAGGAUCCAAGGGUAUUGGAAAUUACCCCCACCUAAUCUAGCUGCAUAGAUCUGGGUUCUAUCUUAGUAAGUUUGUAGAGGUUGUAGAUCCUACAGGGCCACCUUUGAUCCAGCACCUCGAGUUUUAUUUAAAAACUAAAUCUGGGGGCCAGCCCUGUAGCUCACUUGGGAGAAUGCGGUGCUGAUAGCGCCGAGACUGCAGGUUCGGAUCCUAUAUAGGGAUGGCCGGUGCGCUCACUGGUUAAGUGUGGUGCUGACAACACCGAGCCAAGGGUUGCGAUCCCCUUACCAGUCAAAAAAAAAAAAAAAACACCUAAAUCUGGCAUUUGAUACUAUUUUUAUUAACAUUGGAACGUUUUUUCUUGAACUCUAUACAGUGUCAUCAAAGAAUAAAGAUAUAGUAAAACCUCAGUAUAACUUAUAACUGCUAUUAAGAGAGAAAGUAUGCCACACAAACAUAAAUUUAAAUUAUGAAGAAAUUUAGAAUAUAGGUUUAUUAGGUAACCCAAUGAACAAGAAAGGAAGCAUGAGACCUGCCUGAACAGAUAGCUAUAAGUCAGCUUCAAUUGCUGUAAUUGUGAGGAGCGCUGGUCAUUUUACGAGUCCCUGUCAGUAUUCGGUACGUAUUUGUUGGCUGCACAUUGAAAGUAGCAACAAGCCAGUUUGCUCUCCCUAAGCAGCCAGACUUUGCCAUUGAUAAGUUUGGGUCUGUUGGGUACUUUUGUGAGCUGUUUGCACAAAAAGGGCAAAGAUAAAGUUCAACCUAGUCUUCUCCAAAGUGAUGAUAAAUACUGUGUGAGUAGAAUUAAUGUGAUUUUUCUAUUAAAUAAUAUUGAUACAAGCCUUUUAUAAAAAGUAUUCUGAAGAGUAUACAAAAUUAAAAAUUUGAGGUUUAAUAGAAAUGUGUUUGCUAUUAAUAAUGGGUAAAGUGUUUGGAACUCUACCUUAUGGUCUGUUAGAUAUAUACUGAGGUGUAUUUCAGUGUUUGGAUAUUAGUGACCUCAAAGAACAGUUGGUCCCAAAGCUCUUGGGGCCCUUCAUGUUCUUGUCUUCAGAACACAGCACUGCUAAGUACCAGCUUAUCUUCAGAACACUCACUAAUUUCAACAUUAACUUUGUUCUCAUGCUUUCUAAGAACUCACCACUUGUAAUUUACAUAUACCUGGAGGUAUUUUUUAUAGAUCCUAAAGUUAACAUGGUAGACCUUACUUCUUGGAUUUUCUUCACUGCAGGGCUUUGCCUGGAGAAAUACAGCUCUCCAAAUUCACAAUCCUGGAAUUCUCUGGAGAUCAAUAAUUCUUAGACAACCGUUGCUCAAAGUCCCUGCCCCUUCAUUUCUGCAUUCUUUCCAUCCAUCUUAUUAGAGAGUAAAUUAGUUACAGGUGAUCUGUAAUGCCUGCUAACCUUUUUAUAUAUGUGUAAAGGAGCCUGGGGUUAUAGGUUGUCAUAAUUAGUAGCCGCCGCUGCAGCUAAAGAGAGGAGCAGUGCCAGGAAAUUGAUUGUUCUGAAACCAAGUGUCUUGUUCUGACUUAGAUAAGAUUUUGAUCAUUUUUAUGAAAUAAUGAAGGGAGGUCAUCUCAACUAAUUGACUAUUUACUAUUACAUUCUUGGAGGAUUAGAGCAAAUCACACUGUAAAUGAGUAAAAAUGACUUUUCAUUUUAAAAUAUUGAUGGUGGGAUUUUGCUUUUAGCUAUCCACUCUGACCAAAUUUUUAAGUACCUAAUCCUGUGGCCCAUCAUAGUAAAUAUAGAAACAUAUGAGGGUACUUCAGAAAGUUUACAGAGAGAUUUGUUUGAUCUUUUAAUUCUGUUUUUCCACAAACUUUCUGAAGUACCCCCGUAUAAGGAAACUUUUUGAGUUACCAGAUGUUAGCUAUUGCAAAUCUGCAAAUUCCUAGAUUCCAGAGUGGUUUUUGUUUUGUUUUUCCCUUAAAUUUAACUGGGCCAUCGAUUGUCUUGGAAAGAUCUUGGUAAAUAGGGAAUGAUUUUAAGAAUUCUGAACUAGUCAUUUGACAUCAGUGCACAUUUUUUAAAAAGCUCAGUUGCUUAGAGCAUGGUGCUGAUAACAUCAAGGGCCAGGUUUUGAUCCCUGGACCAGCCUGCUGCCAAAAAAAGAAUUCUGAACCAAAAUAAAUUGCUAAAACACUGUUGACUGUCUCAGAUCGUUUUUAGGUAGCAAAUGUGUGAUCUUUCACAUAAUAUUCAGACUGCUGACUACUAUUGCUAUGGAUGUAACUAAAUGACUUGUGUCCUUUGGAAUGUAUAGUCAAUUUGCUACCUUUUUACCCCUUUACUGUUGUGGUUUGAGUUUGAUUUCUGCAAGGCAAUGCAUUUAGUUCGUAUUGUUAUUGUUAGCCAGCACUGGCUGGACGUGUCCUGUGGGGUGGGGGUGUGAGGAGGAGGAGGUGCACGGGGCCGGAGCAGGACAGCGAUGACAGCGGGCACUGCUUGGCCUGCGGGUAAGCCAAACCACUCACCGCUCUUUCCUUUGUGAAACUGAAUAACCGUUAAUAAAAUCCAUAAG